GCCAACCAGCCGGGGCUCGCAGCGCCAUGGACCUGGUCAUCACGCAGGAGCUGGCCCACGCCGAGAGCCAGCAAGAUGCUGCCUCCCUGCAGAGGGCCUACCAGCUGAUCAAGUCGGCCAACCUGGGGAAAUCCGAGUUUGACCCCACAGAAAGCUUCAGCCCUGACCUGUUUGUUCUGUGUGCGGAACAGGCCCUGAAGAUGGGGCAGCCGGACAUGAGCGAGGACUGCAUCCAGAUGUACUUCAAGGCCAAGGGGCCGGUCACCCAGUUCCUGGGCCGAGCGCACCUGUGCCGGGCCCAGCUCUGCGCCCCCAAGUCCACCGAAAACCUGGAGGAGUUUGAAAAUUGCGUGACUCAGUAUAUGAAAGCAAUAAACUUCGCGAAAGGAGAACCCAGGUAUCACUUCCUGGUAUAUAACGCAUCUGUCCUCUACUGGCAAAUGGUGAGGCCGUUUCUCAAGCCGGGGUAUCAUCACCAUCUGAUCUCCAGCCUCUCCCAGAUCGUAAACGUGUUAAACCAAACCGAGGAGGAAGACAAAGAGUGGCAGGCAGAGCUGAUGCUGGAGCUUCUGGAGUGUUAUCUACAAGCUGGGAAAAAGGAGGAGGCCGCGAAGUUUUGUGCCACCGCAGCGCCCUUUAUAAAAGCUAACGUGCCCCAGAAAUACCGACACAUCUUUUCUGUUAUGGUGCGCCAUGAAUUACUGGAUGAGCUUCGGCUAAAGGAAGAAAAGAGAACCUCCAUAAGCCUGUCCGUCACCUACCACAUGAACGUGCUGAAGGCGAAAUUGGAUAAACAUGAGUUACCUGAAGAUGUCAACGCAAUUCUGAAGAAGACCUAUAAACACUUAAGUUAUUACAAUCACGAGCGCUUCCCUUCAAUCAGAGAGGAAAAAAUUCUUUUGCUUUUUGAACUGGCUCGUCUUUCCUUGACCUUGAAAUGUGAGCAGAUCUCCUCUGACUGCAUCUCCGACUUGAAGAAAAUCGACAGCCAAGACCCUGGGAAGCUGAUUGAAAUCAAAUGCCUGGAGUAUGAAUUAGAAGCUUUAGGACUCGAAAGUAAAGUUAAAGUCUACGUCCGAGCAGCUGUUGAGGCCCAGCUGAAUAUAGUACGGAGACUGGACAUCACGCUGCAGCAAGCCGUGCGCCUGGGCGACCCCGGGGUCAUCCACGUGGUGUGCACCACCCAGUGGAACGCGUGUCUCCCUUUGCUGCAGCACAACCUGAGACACCACCUGCGGAAGCCGCUGGCCAACGUCGCGGACGUCCUGGAGAAGGUGGACAGCCUCAUGGUCCUGCUCCGCUGCCAGGUGCACAUGGAAAUGGUGCACAUCGAGGAGGACGAGGACCGGCUGGAGCCGGCCAUGCGGCACCUGCAGAAAGCCAUGCGUCUGGACGGCCUGGGCCUCUACCAGGACCAGCUCAGGAUGGCCUUCAACCGGCUGUAUCUGUGCACCAGGCUGUACCAGUGCCCUGAGCGUGCCGAGGACAAGGCCAUCGUGGCCAUCGAGCAGGCCAAGAAAGCUAUGCCAAAAGACAGCGUCAGGAAGAAGCGGGCCCUCCUAGUGAACGCGGGCCUGGCCCUGGCCCCCGACACCUUCCAGAUUGUGCUCGACAGCGAGAACGAGGCCAAAGUGUCUACAGGGAAGACCAGGGGCCGGUUCAGCUUCCUGUUCGCGAAGGCACGGCACCACAUCGUCAGCGUGGACAAGGCCGCCGGGCACUUGUGGCGUCUGGGGGGCGAGAACGCCAGGGAGCGGUGGGCGAGGCGGCGCCCCCGGCCGGGCCAGCGGGACACCCGCCCCAGCGGGGAGGGGCGCGGGCACCCCCCACGGGGCGAGAAGGGCCGUGGUUCGCGGCCCCCGCGGUGGUGCCGGGUGGCCUGUCACGAGCGACGCGCGCGUGCGCUCUUGUCUCUUGGCUCCCCGGCGAGCAGAAUACAGAUCUGGGCCGAGCUCGCCGAAGUCGCCCGGAAGCAGGGGGUGUGGGGCGUUUGCCGGACAGCGUGCCGCUUCUGCCUCCUGUACGACAGCGUCAAGGCGAAGAGGCCGGCACGGCUGAAGAGAGGAAAGAAGAAGAGGGGCGGAGACAGCGCGGCCCAGGACGGCUGGGGCCACUCAGAAGUGACGUCGCAGCGGCAGGCGUCCCCGAGCCUGCUGCGCAAGUUCGCCGAAGUGGGGUUCAUCAACGCAGAGGCCACCGUCCACCUGCUGCGCUCAGAGGGCGUGCAGCUCAAUGACCGCCCCACCCCCCCGGAGGACCCGAGCCAGCACUCGGCCGGCUACACGCUCGAGUGCCCCGAGGACAACACACAGUGGGUCGUGUACCGGACCUGGAUCGAGAGUCUGUCACAGGGCGCCAUGGACAGCUGGCUGCGGUGCGCCGAGAUCGGGCGAGAGAUCCAGGAAGGCUGGAUCGUGCAGAACGCGGUGGUCUACGUCCUCAACCACAACCGCCACCUCAUCGUGGCCGGGAGGCAGAGGGAGCUCGUGGACGCCUUGGACCACCUCCUGAGCAUCGUCAAGGCCACCGGCCACAACGGAGACUUCACUCUGCUGGGGACGCUCUGCAACACUUUGGCUCGAGGCUUGAUUCUCAACUGGAUUCCGACCCAAGUGCCGGAAAAAUCUAGAAGACCCGUGCGCCCGAACCUGUUUCACGCACCACUGGACUCAGGAGCCAGCGCUGAAGUCAGGACCGCGGUGGAGGUUUGCGAGUUCGCCCUGAACCUGAGCACCGGGACGGAGCCCGAAGAGGUGGUGCCCGUGAGCACCCAGCAGCAGCUCCUUGCCACCUGGGUGAAGGCCCGGCAGCUGCUACAGCAGCAGAUCGGGCCGCGGCUGGGCACGGACGAGCAGAGUCCCAACGAGGACGUCAACUCGGUGACCAGAGUUCUCGUUGCUCUGGAGAUGUACUCCUGCAACGGGCUGGGCCUCAUGGACUUCUCCGUGCCCCCCUUGGCCCAGGUGGUGGAAAUGGCUUCCGAGUGCAACUGGUCGGACCCCCUGGUGGAGCUGCAGACCCUGACACGACUGACCCACUUUGCCCACAUGGCCCACGACCACGAGGUCGCCAUGGCCUGCUCGCAGAAGGCCAUCCAGAUGGGCAUUAGGCUCCUGAGGAUGUUUAGCCGGGCGGAGACUCAACUGGUGGCCGAGAUGCUGAGCACCACAGCCUGCAUCCAGGGCAGGAGCAUCCUGGAGAACCUGAAGGGCAGAAAGCAGCUGCGCCUGGCGGCCGCGAGGUCCUUCAUGGAGAGCGCCAGGUUCGGGGGCAUUGCGGGGAGCAGCGCCCUGGUGAUGCUGGCUGUGAGGCAGUACUGGAACACCUGGCUCCCGCUCCUGUCCUCCGCGGCCAACAGGAGGAAAGCCAAGACUGUCGUACAGAGGCUCAUCGGCAUCAUCAAUAAGACAGAAGCGGAGAAACAGGGAAAAGAAAAAACACUGCUUCUGCACCAGUGGCCUACAGCGGACUUCCAAAGCGGAGGGACUCCCGAAGGGCAUUUUCUCCCAGGUGCCGAGGACGACCUGACGCUGCGCGCCGCGCUCUACGGCCUGCUCUUCCACUGCCACGCGGACCGCGGCGACUGGGAGGGGGGCCUCAAGGUGCUGGACGAGGCUGUGCAGGUGCUGCCGAGGACAGCGCACCGCCUCCUGAUUUUCAAACACAUGGUCAUCGUGAAGGCCAAACUUGGCCAGAAUUUUACGAUGGAAAUACAGAAAUUCAAAGAUGAAAGUGAAGAUUACUUGGCACACAUGUGGCACCGUCUGGCCUUGAACUCCAGGAGUGUGCAUGGCGAGCUGACCUGCUAUCACAACGCCAUCCAAGCCUUACAGAAGCCAGAGAGUGACUGGCAAAAAGUAGAAUACAUCCUGGAAUUCAGCGAGUGGCUGUAUGACAAACAGUUUCCCAUGGAGGACGUAACUUUCCACCUGACUUGGGCGAUUCACAUCCUGCUGGCGAUGACACCUGCCAGGGACGCCCCUGAGCUGGCAGAGGAACAGCUGCCCACUCAGACAGCCCCUGAAAGUCCAGUGUCCGAGGCUGCGGGGACAGUCUCCUUGGAGAAGCUUCGGAACGUGAGGCAGCUGGAGGCGCUGGCCCGCGCCUACAUCCUGCUGGCCCUGAUGGUGUCCCCGAGCGCGGCCAGCUACCAGGACUACUGCCUCAUGGCCUACACGUUCCUCAAGCGCAUCUGGCAGGUUUCUUUGUUAACAGCAGGAAGGUCAAUUUCAGAAAGCAGAAUUCUAGCAGCAACAGCUAGCUCACAUUUGCUACUGCCUAAAAAGAAGGAGAAGAGGAAGGAGGAGGAGGACAGGGAGGAGGGCAAAGACCCCAAGCAGCUUCCAACCGCGGUUCCUGGCAAGCGGCUUGAGGACUUACCGGCCAGCACGGAGGAGUGGGCUUCCUACUCCUGCCCCGAGGAAGCGAUAUCUGUAUUUAAGCAAGAUAAAAGCGACUUCACCGUCAACGCGUCAAGCAUCCAGAAGCCGACAUACAGUUUAUAUUAUCUGGACCACUUGGUCAAAGCCCUGCAGAAGAUGUCCCUUUACGAGCUCACCAUCCCACUCCUGCAAUUGGGCGUACUAAUUGCAGCCUCCGUGGUAGACAGCAAGAGCCUCAAAGAUCUGUACCAUCUUCGACUUGCCCUAGUCUGUUCCGAUUUGAAGUUGCAAGAAGCAGCGACUUACCAUGAAGAGGUGGUCGGGCAAACAUACCUUUGCGACAUGGAGCAGGCCAGCUGCAGAAAAGAAAUCGCCUUGAGAAAGGAGAAAAACAAGGAACUGCUCUCCGAAGAAAGUCUGACGACGGUGCCCGAGCCCGUAACUGCGGUCCAGAAAGCAGAGACAAAGCCGCUCAUAGCGAAGGAUAAGAUCUUGAAGAUAAACGGAGAGACCGGGACUGGGCUGGAGGGGACGUCCUUUCCCCUUCUGUGGACCCUCAAGGCGGAAGUUCUGCUGGAGGUGGAUCUGUACCAGCCUGCGAGGCUGCUGCUGUCGGAGGCCUACCUGGCCUUCCAGGAGCUCGAUGAUCCUCGUGCCCAAGCAAGAUGCCUGCACCUUCUAGCGCAGCUGGCGAACAAGGAAAGAAACUACGGACAAGCUAAGCAGUUGGUGCAGUGGGCGCAGCGCCUGGGGGGCAGCGAGGAGUUCUGGUACAGCUCAACCCUGACCCUGGCGGACACGCUCCUGUCCAUGGAGGGCAAAGGCAGAGAAGUGGCGGUCUGCCAGUUGUUUCAGAGACUGAUAGACACCUUCAAGCUUCUGCAAAAAGAAAGACCGAACCGAGUGCCCGUCUUGGAGUUUAUGGCCACAGACCUAGAGGCCAGGUGCGUGAGCCUCCAGAUCAAGGCCGCUCAGGAGUCAGCUGAUGGCGAACCUCCCGGAUGCUUGCUUCUGCUGAACAAAAUGGACGACUGCUUGACGGAAAUUGAGAAAAGGUUGAUCACCUGGGGCUACAGAGACAAUUGUGUGGAUGUAAGACUAGAGCGCGCCAAGAUAAAGAGAUUAUGUGCCCAGAACGAGAAAGACCAGGAGCAGAGAACCGCGUAUUACUUGGAGGCACAUGACUUAGUCCAGAGAGCUGUGGCUGAUACAGAGGAGCUGUUCUGCAGCGUGCGGGCCUUACUGUCCCUGCAAGAGGUACAGAACGUCAACACGCCUCUGAGGAGGAGGCUGGCGCAGCUCCGACUCCACCUGGCGGAAGUGUCUCUGGACCUGCUGGAGCUCAUCUGGGCGGAGGCCCUGGCCCGCCAGUUGGAGCAGAGCCCCGUGGAGAAGCUGCUGCUCAACUACCUGCAGAGCGUCAGUGACCACACCUCCGUCGGCUUGAAAUGGUUCACCCUGAAGCGGACUCUGGCCCACGUGGUGCUGGCGCAGCUGGGGGCCCUGCACUCGCCGCGCACCGGCUUCGCGGAGCUCCGCGCCCGGCAGCUGGGCCUGGCGGGGAGGGCCCUGCGCCUGCUGGCCGUGCAGGCGGACCCCGUGCGCCCCACCGUCUACUGGGAAGAGGGCCUCUCGGCAGGUGCUGAGCUGAGCGGCCAUAAGCCUCUGGAGACCAUUCUGGAGGACGAGGCCGGCGAGGAUCGCUGCAGGGACCCGGGACCCUCCAGGGCCGCCUCCCAGGAGCACGGCAGGAAGGGCUGGGAUCUGCAGAGAAAGAUGAAGCUGGCCCAGCGGUACCUGGCCCAGGCGUCCGAGGUGCUGCUGCAGUGCGUGCAGGUGGCCCUGGGCGGCUGCCUCCCGGACAUCGCGGCGGCCGCCAGCCUGGAGAUGGUGGAGUGCAGCGGCACCCUGGACCCUGUGGCCACCUGCCAGUUCCUGGCGCUGUCUCAGAGCUGCUCGGCCUCAGAGAUGAUGCGGGACGUGCUGUUCACGGCCACGGACGACACCAGCAGCUCACAGCUGGCGGCCCUGCUGCGGCUGGAGCACCAGCUGAAGCGGAAGGGGAGGACGUCCACCAACUUGUUCGCGAGCGUGAGGCAGAGGCUGGCGGUCGUUUCCAAGGCUUGGCAAAAUCUCUGGGUCACUGAGCAGCAUUUUAACCACCUGAAUGAAAUGCCGCCUACCUUUCGGAUUCUCUUUCUGCAGCACGGGCGGGACAGGACCCAUCUGUAUGGCGCUGCCUACGAGAGACCCAGGUCCGUCCCUGCGGCCAAAGGGAAGAUGCUCCAAGCGGGCGGCUUCUGCAAGGUGGCACGGGUGGCCGUGAACCCAGCCACCUUCUCCUGCCUACUGGCCGAUGCCCAGCAGUUCCGGGAGCUGACCCAGGUGGAGGUGACCAAUGAGGACAUGGCCCUGAACUCAAGCACGGAAUUGGAAAAUGCGCCUCCUGAGAGGGAAGGGCACUCUCUGCGGAAGUUUGGGGAAGUCCUGGCGUCCAUGGAGGGGUACCUGAGGCCGCUGUUUCCAGUGCUCGGCAGCCCUGAGGCCAGAACACAGGUGCCCACCGUUGUCGCGGAUUCAGGGAGACCAAAGGGCAAAGACAAGGAAAGGAAAGUGUCCCUGCCCCGGGUUGAGCCCGAGGCUGCGAACGACGCCAUCCUCAUUGCGGACAGGCAUCUUCUGGAGCUGCCGCUGGAAGGUCUCUCCGUGUUUGAGGAAGGGGUGGACUCCGUGGCCCGAGAGUUUUCCCUGCAGAUGCUGUGGAGCCGCCUCCGUCGAGAGGAGACAGCCGACGGGACUGUGAAGAAGGAGGGCAAAGGCAGACAGUUCAGGAAGAGAAAUCCAGCUAAGAAGGGACACAAGGACGCUGCGCCCCGGCUCAUCACCCCCGACUGCAUCGUGGUCGACCCCGACAACUUCAAGUUCAUCGUGGACCCCUACGAGGAGGCCCGGGUCAUAGAUAUGCGGACUCCUGUCUCCGUAACCCGGGAAAUUUUGGAAAGAUUCCGAGACUCGUUCACUGCUCUGUGGGUGGGACACCUGGGAAACACGCACUUCCCGAGCCAGGCCGAGUGGGAGCAGCUCCUGGGCAGCUGCAGUGGCUUCUUCUUCUACGGGAUGGAGAGCUUCCUGUCCCACAUAGCGGUGGAAAGGUUGGCUGCCACGAACCUACAAGAGUGCCAGAUGAUGGUCCUGCUGGACCUGACGAGGUCCUGCGCAAGCAUGCAGCGGCAUACGGAGCACUCGGACAGCAAGAGUGUGGCCCAGCUGUCCCUGGAGAGGCCCGUCGAGACUGCCGUCCUUCUGAGUCUGGUGGGGGUCAGGAGCAUCCUGGCAAACCAGUGGCCGACCUUCCUGCAGGACAACGCGCUGCGGGCCAGCGUCCUGUGGGAAAAUCUGUUGACAGCUGGCAGGCCCAUCGGGAGGGCCGCCCAUCUCCUUCGGCAGACGGGAGCUGGGGACACGAACAACCAUGAUGAGUCUCCGUGGACCUCCAAGGACCAGCUGCCGUCCUUCCAGCCACAGCUGCGCGGCUCCGAGCGGCUCCCCGUCGCCCUCAACUCGGUCCUGUAUGGGCUGCCACACCUGGCCAUUGGGUGACUCCCCGAGGACACGGACCUCGACGGUCCCUCUGAGGACCCACCGCCCACCCCUCCCCACCCCACCCGUAGGCGCCCCUCCUCCAGCGGCCUUGUCCCCGAGUCCCAGUUCUGCACAGGGUCACGCCAGGGCCUCCCGGUCCGGCUGCCUCUGGGGCUGCCUCCGUUCCCCCCCCCCCUCCGCCGCAUGCACCGGACCCUCGUGGAGGGGAGGGGAUGCCUCUGGGGGCUCCGCAGGGUGGGUGGGGCGAGGGGUGCUUCGGGGCUGGCCCCUCAGCUGCCCGACCCCCAGAUCCCUCCCCUGCCCCAGGUGUUCCCAAUAGUCCCGUGGUGGGGGGGGCCGCCUGGACGCGGGGCUAGGGGCUGGGACAAGGGGUGGCCUCCGCCUCCCACGGGUCCUCAGCAGCAGGUGGGCCCUUUGGAAGACAGCCUCCCUGGGGUGAGGCUCACGGUCCCCGGAGGCCCACCCUGGCUGCCGCGCCCUGGCUCCUGGAAG